UUUAAUAAACCAGUGAUGGUUUUAUAGCAAAGGAGCUAAGACAGAAGGUGAUUGUAAUAAAUGUCUGUAAUGACUAUAAAUAAGUGCAAUUAUUUUCACUGCUUCAGCACACUGUGUUUUCAUAUGAAAUAAUUUGUUAAUUAUUUUGUUCAAUUUUGACUUUUUGUAAGAGUGUAAAAUCAUGAUCUGUUAUAAGGUUGUUCAUUGGAAAAGAGACAAGCUUACUGUUACUAUAGUUAUCAUCAUGUACAUUCAAUCCUAUUAUAUUUGAUUCAAAUGUAUUGUCAUUGUGCACAGUACAAGGAGAGAGACAAUGAAAUGCAGUUAGCAUCUAACCAGAAGAGCGAAUAGUAAUAGAUUAUAAACAGUCAGGUAAUGUCUCUAAAGAUGGAAAUGGAUGUCAGUGGAGUUUCCAGGGCGCCCAUCUCUGUUCUACCUGCUGCUGAGGUCAAGGCCUCCCUGAAGCCUGAACUAGCGGACAAACCUCGAUGUGCUAGCACCCCCUGCUCCCCGAUCAAAAGUACUGUUUCAGGAUACCAGAUUCUCCACAUGGACUCUAACUACCUGGUGGGCUUUACCACAGGUGAGGAGCUGCUCAAAUUGGCCCACAAGUGGUCUUCAGCAACCAACGCCACCACACCCACAGAGAAACCUCCAGUACCAGAAGCCUUGCCCGUCACCAGCUCAGUUCCCAAGCCCAUGGAUCUUGGCAUCCACCGGAUGUCUCGCAAAGCCAAAAUGCGGUACUACCAGCCCUAUGACAUCCCUGCCGCCAACGGACGAAGACGGAGGCGCAUGCCCAGCUCAGGUGACCCCUAUCUCAGGUCCCUGUCGAAUGGCGAGCCAGGGAGAGCCCUGCACGGCCCCUUGCCCCUCUGCCUGCUCAAAGGGAAAAGGUCCCAGUCCAAGUCGCUGGACUACCUCAACCUGGACAAAAUGAGUGUCAAGGAACCGGCAGACACAGAGGUGCUGCAGUAUCAGCUUCAGCACCUGACACUGCGCGGGGAGCGCAUGUUUACCAGAAACAAGACAUGAAGCAACAUAGCUGGGCCUGCCACCCAAUUACCCACCCCAAUAUGGGAUAUGGGUGCUAUUUUGGGCUGUUUCUCCCUGUUUAGAUUAUAGGUGAUCCUUUAAGAAGACUCUUGUGAGGCCAAUUGAUCUUGUUAUAUUGUCAAGCAAAUGUGACAAGGCUUUCGGGAUCCAAGCUGUUGUAUACAUACAUAACAAAAUCUGAACUAAUAUUAAGUUUGUUCUGACACUGUAAAAGGUUGUUUAGAAACAAAAUGUGAAGUUUGUCAGGAUUAGCAAUAACUGGUAAUCUUAUUUAUUGACGAGAUUGUGUGUUUGUAUGUACUGAAUGUUGGUGUGAAUGUUCAAGUGCUUGAGUGCAUCCCUUUUUUUAACUGCUUACCGAUGUUACCACGGCCUCUAUUGCAGAAAGAACAGCCUCUCUUUUUGCAUUUUGUUGCACUGUUAGACAUCUGAACAUGUUACUGACACACAUACCUACUGUAAAUACAGUACAUGUUUAGCCCACAAUCUUCACAUCCAUUAACCACCAUUAGCUCUAGUAAUAACGGUAAACUAUUGUUUAUCAGAUCCACAACCUGCAUUGCUCUUUUUGCUCAUGAUUGGUAUGAGGGAAAUGUGGGCUUUAUGUAAACCACUGACUGUUACACAAUGAAAAGGUUAUUUAAAAGAGUCCUUUUUAAGAGGAUUUGUGGGGAACAUCUUUGGAGUGCCUGUGGUAAGAUUAGCAUUUUAUGCAUCCAGUUAACCCCUCUCUCCCAUGUUUGUGGCUUGAAAAUAAGAGGGAAUAGUAAGGGAAUAGAGUUUAGUUAGGUGUUUUGAGAUUUAAUUCAUAAAUGUUACAGUUACAUGCCCCACUUAUUCAGUAUUUUCAUUACUAUUAAAAGGAUUUAGGUUAAAUGUGGAGUCUCGGUAAGAUGACGUCAUAUAAAGCCAUGUGGCCUGCUUGCUUGUAAACACCGGCUCAUUUCCGAUGUAGAACUGCUAUUAUUGUCUCUCCUCAAUUUAGACUUAUACUCACCACCCUUAACCCCUCUGUGGGACACACCCACAUUCUUCUUAUAUUAGAACUGUAUUUUUCUUUUUGGGAUAAGAAGUUGUCACACUGUUUGAUAUUUGUCAUUGUGCUGGGUCUACCUUAAAUGGUGAAUUUGUAAGGACACAAUUUGGUUUUACCACUUCAUGAUGGCACCUAACUAUCGAAACCAAAGCAUGGUAUUAUGGGUGUCCUGGGAAAACUUGAUCACACUUUUGUAAUUCGGAGUGCAUUGGACACAUGACAAUCAUAUUCAGACUUAACUCCUUACUUGAAGUGUCCAUGACAAUGUCAUCAAAACAUUUUUGUUUCUUAUAUACUAGUGUAAUAAUUGGACCAAUACGCUGUUCCUAUUGGUCCAGAAGACGUUCUCAAAAGUUAAUAAUACCGUUUAUAUACCUCCCGAAUGUUCGCAGAGGUAAAU